CCAGAGCCGAGCGGAGCAAACCGUUGGAUCAUCGGGACCCGAGCUCCCUCACCGGCCCCGGCGCGGCGCCAUGGAGGCAGAGGCGGCGGUGCUGACGCAGCUGCAGCUGCAGCUCCUCGCCCUCGUCUCCGAGCUCCGCCUCCUCCGCGAGCGGGAGCGCGGCGCCCGCGAGGAGCUCCGUGACGCCGGCCAGAGGUGGGAGGAGGCGCAGGAGGAGCACCGCAGGGAGGCUCGGGAGCUGCGCUCGGAGGUGGCCGCUCGGGACGACGCGCUGCGGAAGCUCGAGGCCAAGAUAAAGUUCCUUGAAAAUGAGAAUGAGCUGCUGGAGAAGAACGAAAACAACUUGAAAGAAAGCAUGGAGGUGCUGCUUCAAUCAAGGGAGGCUUUUAUAAAGCAUUAUGAGGACUCUACUUGUUCUAUGCAAUGGACCAUCCAGAUGAAGGAUAAGCAGAUUGCCGUAAUUUCAGAGAAGUUGAAUUCUCAUCUUGUUUUGUUCAGUUCGAUAGAAAAGGAAGUUUCAGCGGUAAAACAAGUACUAGGUGAUGUGCAUUGUCUAGUUGGUGAGAAGGAAAAUGUAGUUGCUGACUUGAAGGAUAAGGUCCAAAGAAUUUCUGUGCUUGAGAAAGAUGUUGUAGAGAAACUUACUUUCUUGGAAAGUAAAAUAAGUGCUUAUCAGCAUGAACUCCGAAGUAGAGCAAGGAUCAUAUAUGAGUUGAAAGAUCGCCUUCAGGCUGAGAAGCUUAACAACAGCUUUCAGCCCCAAUUGGAAGAACUUAAGAAAGCAUUGUUGGUGAAGGAUGAUAUUAUUGAGAGAUUAACUUCAGAGAAGCAGGCAAUGCAUGUGGAGCUUCACAACAUGGAGAUUGCUUUACAGAGAUUUCAAGAUUUAUUCAGUAGUAUUGGCCAUGAGAGAAUGAAGAGCUUUUCAGCAAAUUGUGGAAGUCAGGAUGUACAGGAUGUGAAUAAUAGGCAGCCUGAAAGCAUUCCAGGUACACAAUGUGGUCUAGCCAAUGAGCAUAACUUGGUAACUGCAAUUGACGAAGCAGACUGUCAGUUGGAACUCAGUCCAGGCAGCAUGCAAGUACAAAGCCCAAAAUGCCUCAAGUCCGGUUCGCUGCCAUCUCCAGAGCCAGUAGCAGCAAAUACAGAAGAAGCUGACUGCCUUCCUGAGCCCAAAGAAGACGUUGUCAUGGGUGAUGAUUUAUCUCCCAUCCAGCCAACAGAUUCUGUGAAUCCUGAGCCUGACUCGGAGAAUCAACCCUGACCCUGCAAUUGGGAUCCCUCAUCCCUUCUCUUCUUCACCGUGAUUUCGGAUACACAAAGCUAUUGAUUCGGGAGGCCGAUACUUGCUGCACAUUUAUGUUGUACUCAUACUUGAUCCCAUGUUUGUAGAGACCGUUUAGCGGUUUAGGUAGCACUAAAGAGAUAGCCCACGUACUUUGAGACAUUUUCCGCUCGUCUGAAGUUCUGUCAACUCGCUGUGUCAA